UUGGUUGGCAACCUGUACCAAGUGUGAUUUUAGUAGUAGAAUUUUUGAGUGGGACAUUUUUGCGUGUGUAUUAGUGAAAAUCUUGGGAUUGGUUACUUGUUGAUUUAUACAAUGCCCGGAAAUUAGUGCAGACAUCUUUUUAUUGUUAAGCGUGAAAAAAAUACAUUGAAAUAAACAAAAGUCAGUAGUUUUAUGUGUAUAAAAAGUGAGAAGUUCAUCGCCAUUAUUAAAAAUAAUUCAGUUAUGCUUUCGUUAUGUUUUUUCCCGCGAGUUACUGCGAAGCUUCUACGUCCUGCAAUUUUUCCAAAAUAUAUGACCAAAAAAAAUGGAACAAAUUUAAAGUGCGCUAAAUUUUGUAGCAUGCCCAAAAAAGUUGUGUGCAUCCAAAAAUCCCAAAAUGGAAGUCGAGUAUUGAAUAUGAGAAUUUUUGAUGACAAUAUACCCCUACACCACUUAGUUGAUGCUAGAGCCAUUAGCACUUGCUCCAAUGUAUCCUCAUCACGGAACGUGGUUACGACACCAAAUUAUCUUUGUAAUAGUGCGUCUAGGCCUCAAACCCGAUUAGGUUAUAAACCAAAAACUGUAGGCGACUUCGAUUUGCUGUAUAAGUUGACACAGGAAAAAUUUAAAUCUAAGAAACUUCCGAAAGAUGUUAAUCCCUACGGUGUAUUUGCCAACAAUGAACUGGAUUUGGAUGAAGUUGAUGUGUAUGGUUUCGACUAUGACUACACGCUCGCGUGCUAUAAACCUUGCUUACACGACUUGCUAUACAAUUUGGGCCGCGAUAGAUUGAUUAAAAAAUUUAAGUACCCCGAAAAUAUUUCUAAAUUGGAGUACAUUCCACGGUUUGCAGUACGUGGCCUUCAUUAUGAUAUAGAGAAAGGUUUGCUCUUAAAGCUAGACUCAUUUCUUCAAAUACAGUUGGAGUCUGUUUAUCGUGGGCUCACAAAAAUCCCUGAUGCAGAAGUACUAAGGCUUUAUAAAAAUCGAAUUUUACCUAUCGCAUAUGUUGAGGGCCAAUCAAAAAACCAUCAGCCAAAUGCCAAGGCGAAAAUGGUUCAGCUAGCUGACUUGUUCUCUGUUCCCGAAAUGUGUCUUUUAUGCAAUGUAGCCGAGUAUUUUGAAAGAAAUCAUAUCGACUACAAUCCCGAAAUUCUUUUUCAUGACAUAAAAUCAUCAGUGCAAUCAUGUCAUCCGAUUAUGCACGAAAUCGUUAUGAAAAAUGUUGGAGAUUAUAUUGAGAAAAAUUCUCGAUUACCUGAAUAUUUCAAAAAGUUGGCAAAUGCGGGCAAAAAACUAUUUCUUGUAACAAAUAGUCCAUUUUCUUUUGUAAAUUGUGGAAUGACUUUAUUGGCCGGUGACAAAUGGCGCGAACACUUUGACGUUAUAGUAGUUCAAGCGCGAAAACCUAAAUUUUUCACAGAUGAUUCACGUCCCAUCCGAUUAUAUGAUGAAACGACCAAUUCACAUGUUUGGGAUCGGGUUUCAAAAUUGGAAAAGGGAAAAAUAUAUUAUGAGGGAACCGUAAAACAACUGCAAGAUUUAACAGGGUGGCGUGGCCAUAAUGUACUAUAUUUUGGCGAUCAUCCCUAUAGUGAUUUAGCUGAUGUAACAUUAGAGCAUGGCUGGAGAACUGGUGCCAUUAUAAAUGAACUCACGCAUGAGAUUGAAACUCUCAACAAUGUUAAUUUCAAAAGAAAUGCAAAUUGGCUACAGAUGCUAACACAACUCAUAGAAGAAAUUCAGGAUUAUGAAUGCGAACCAGCACAAAUUUGCUUAGAAAAAUGGCAAGCAGAACGGGAUAUGCUUAGGAACCAAACCAAAAUGGUUUUUAACAAGCAGUUUGGCAGUGUUUUUCGUACCUACCACAAUCCAACGUAUUUUUCACGACGUCUUUUUCGUUUUGCUGAUAUUUACACUAGUGACAUAACAAACCUAGCGAAUUAUUCUGUCUCGCAUACUUUUUAUCCUCGGCGAGGGGUCAUGCCACAUGAAUACAUUUCGUAUUUUAUGUAAAUGCUGUCGUUCGUUUUAAUACGAGUUUUAGGAACGAUUAAUUCAAAUAUUUACGUAUGUAUUUAUUUACACUUUAGAGAAUUUUGUUAAAUCUCAGAACUCUAGUCUUAUAAAGAGAUGUGUAUGCACUAACUGUUCUAUGUCACAUGUCACUAUCACAUUUUAAACCAAUAUUUAACCAGUUUUACUUUUAAUCGAAACUUUUAAACCAAUUUGCUGGAAUUUACUUAUUAAAAAAAAGACACUACCUUUAUAGUUGCUCAACAACAACUGGCAAUUUUCUGUAAGGUAUAUUCAAAAUUAUUUAAGUGAGCCCCACUAAUUUUAUUGUUAGUUCUAUCAAAAUCAUAUUAAUGAUGAUAAAUUAAUUAUUUUUAAGUAUCACUACCACGUCUCGAAUACCUUAAAAUAUUUGAUAAAUGUUUCAUAGCUGUUAAAUUACAAAGAAAUGAGAAUUAUAA